CGUGGCUUUGCGUGGCUUUGCCUCGCUUCUGUCCACGGAGACUUUAACCCGGUUUACAACCAGCAAGUAUGCAACGCUGCCUCACUGUGACCGUGGCCAGGCACAGCAGGCUGCUCGCACACAGAGCCGUGAGCGUCCGGCAGGCAGCAGCCAUGUCCUCCCUGCUCAUCAGCCAGCCCAAGUACUCCUGGCUCAAGGAGCUGGGCCUGUCCGAGGACAACCACGGCGUUUACAACGGGACCUGGGGCGGCAGCGGCGAGGUUGUCACGUCAUACUGCCCUGCAAACAAUGAGCCCAUUGCCAGAGUACGCCAGGCAACCAUGGCGGAAUAUGAAGAAACUAUCCAGAAAUCAAGGGAGGCCUGGAAGGUGUGGGCAGAGGUUCCAGCACCCAAAAGAGGGGAGAUUGUGAGGCAGAUUGGUGAUGCACUAAGAAAGAAGAUCAAAGUCCUUGGGAGUCUGGUGUCUCUGGAAAUGGGCAAGAUCUACGUCGAGGGAGUGGGAGAGGUGCAAGAAUACGUCGACGUCUGUGAUUACGCCGUUGGCCUGUCUAGAAUGAUCGGUGGGCCCAUCCUUCCCUCAGAAAGACCCGGUCACGCCCUGAUCGAGCAGUGGAACCCGGUGGGUCUGGUCGGCAUCAUCACCGCCUUCAACUUCCCUGUGGCCGUCUACGGCUGGAACAACGCCAUCGCACUCAUCUGUGGCAACGUCUGCCUCUGGAAAGGAGCCCCGACCACACCUCUCACAAGUGUUGCUGUCACCAAGAUUGUAGCCGAGGUGCUGGAGCAGAACAACCUGCCCGGUGCUAUCUGCUCCAUGACCUGUGGAGGCGCCGACAUCGGCACUGCGAUGGCAAAGGACGAGCGUGUGGAUCUGUUGUCGUUCACCGGCAGCACUCACGUCGGCAAGAUGGUAGCCAUGAUGGUGCAGGAAAGGUUCGGUCGUCAGCUGCUGGAGCUCGGGGGAAACAAUGCUAUCAUUGUGUUUGAGGAUGCUGACCUGAAUCUGGUGGUGCCCUCCGCUGUCUUUGCCUCUGUGGGAACUGCUGGCCAGCGCUGCACCACAACCAGGAGGCUGAUGCUGCACGAGAGCGUUCACGACACCGUAGUGGAGAGAGUCGCCAAGGCCUACAAACAAGUCCGCAUCGGAGAUCCCUGGGAUCCCAGCACCCUGUAUGGCCCUCUCCACACCAAGCAAGCCGUGGAGCAGUACCUGGCAGCCAUUGAGAAGGCCAAGCAGCAGGGUGGUACCCUGAUCUGCGGAGGAAAGGUAAUGGACCGUGCUGGAAACUACGUGGAGCCCACCAUCAUCACCGGACUUCCCCAUGAUGCUUCCAUUGUCCAGACGGAAACCUUCGUCCCCAUCCUCUACGUUCUCAAGUUCAAGACGGAGGACGAGGCCUUCGCCUGGAACAAUGAGGUCAAGCAGGGCCUGUCCAGCAGCAUCUUCACCAAGGACAUGGGGCGAGUUUUCCGCUGGCUGGGGCCCAAAGGAUCAGACUGCGGCAUCGUCAAUGUCAACAUUCCCACAAGUGGAGCCGAGAUCGGAGGAGCCUUUGGUGGAGAGAAACACACAGGCGGCGGCAGAGAGUCAGGCAGUGACUCUUGGAAGCAGUAUAUGAGGCGCUCAACAUGUACAAUCAACUACAGCAAGGACCUUCCUCUGGCCCAGGGAAUCAAGUUUGAGUGAAGCAGUCAGGCGGCUUGGUGUUGAAACUCCAUGAUCCUCUCAACCCUGAUGAGCAGAGACGGACAACGCGACUCUAGACAUUUUUGUACUUUGAUAGUUAAAACAUAUAAAGCUUUUGUUAUUUUUAUGGAAAAAAAAAAAAAGGUUUGAAAACGAAAAGCAAUACUAAUACAUCUUGGGCUCUGUGUCAGAAUUAAGUCCUAGAAACCAUUCAUGUGGUUUUGGCUUUUGGCAUUACCCAUGGAUAUAAAAUAAAUGUUUGAAAGUUUUGUGUUAACGGUCCAAUAGAGUUAGCCUACAUGUUAGUGUGCACUCUUUAAACGCUUUGCCUUCUAAUACUGUACCAAAUACUUUAUACUGAGGAAAUAAAUCAUGCCUUUAUUUUGGA